CGUCAAACCGCUUCAAAACGUUGCCUAGCUUACCCAAUUUUAGUUUUCAGCUCCACCCUCAGAAUAAAACGACGACCUUGGAAUCCCUCCUCUUUGACACUCAGAAGGGUUACAGAGGAUCCCCUGCUCGGCGUCAAUCUGCACUCACUAUCCCCGCCGCCGUUCAAUGUCAGGUUCGUCCGUAUACUCACCCAUGACCCAAACCUUGAUUAUGCUCUGUACAAGUCUAACUCUGUAACUCAGACGAGAUGGCUUCAACGCAUGACAAUAUGGACAAAGAGAGCUUCAAGUGGAACAAUGAAUAUGUAAUGAUUUUUUGUGAGAUAUGCAUCAAAUACAUCCAAAAUCAGAGGCGUGGGUUUAUGAAGUGGCGAGAGAUUAAACAGGACUUUGAAGAUGUUGCCAAGUGCAAAAUCACACACAAAAGCUUAAAAAACAAGUGGGAUUCAAUGAAGAAAGAUUGGAGAAUUUGGAAGUUUUUGAAGCGUGACGGAACCGAUUUAGGUUGGGAUCCUAUUACCAAAAGGCUGAAUUGUUCCAAUGAAUGGUGGGAUAAAAAGACUAAGGAAAACCCUGAUGUAAAAAAAUUCCGCAACAAGUAUGUAGACCCUAAACUGGAAGACCUGUGGGCUAAAUUAUUUGAAAGCAAAUACGGAAACGACAAUGGUUAUAUUACACCGACUGUGGAUCCCGAGUCGAUGCAACUUGCAAACAUUGAGGUAGACAACAAAGAGAGUGAAAAUGAAGAGAAUAGAAUGCUUGAAGAAGGCCAUGAGAAUAAUGACUAUAAUAAUAUAUGUUCUGAGAAUAGUGGGUCUUCUUCGCGGCUGGGGGGUUUGGAUAGGAAGGAGACUUCUUUAUUUCUUCAUAAUAAUUUCCCUAGUGAGAUGAAUCGGUGCAAUGGUACUGCCCAAGUACCACCAAAUCAAGGUACAAGCACUCAAUGUUUGGAUCCUGAUCCCAUUCGAAUGGGGUGCAAAAGGAGACAACUACCAGUAGGGAUGGAAAAGAAGCUAUCUGGUCAAAUUGAUGCUUUGGUGUCAAAUUCGAACAAGGUACUGAGAAUUUUAAUGUCUAAUAGAAAUGUGAGGAGUAAUAAUUUAAGUAGUACUAGUUCUUGUAUUGCUGAAGCAAUGCGUAUUGUUAAUCGCAUGGUUAGUAAUGGGGUUUUGGAAAAGUGUGGAGAUUUGUGGUGUUUUACUGUUUGUCUUCUUGAAGAUGAAGUGAGAAGAGAACUUUUCAUAAACAUGGAAGAUGACACUUCUAGAAAAGCAUGGUUGGUGUAUGUGCAUGAUAAAGGUAAUUGAAUCGCUCCUUGUAUUAGAGUAAUAUUUACUUAUGUUGGGUGCAAUAUUGGUCUAACUUCUACUUACUGUAUUGGGCAUUGUAUGGAUAUUAUUUGUACAAUCUAUCAAAUGCAUACCACACUUUGUGGUUUUUACUUGUAAUUUUGAUUAAAUAUUCGGAGUAUUUGUGAAAUUUAUGUUCACUGCUAUGUGUCUGCAUCAUGGACAGGGAAAAAUGUUUUA